AUCGGAAGAAAUCGAAGUUCGUCCGGUCGAAGCAAAGUCGAAGAUCGUCUGGAAUAGCUUCCUCCCGAUGCUGCUCAAGGCGGCGAUGCAGGCCCUGGGUCCUUGGAGGAGGCCCUGCUCCUCCUCCUCCCACGGCUUCUCCGCCCUCUCUCUCUCCAGCCUCCCCUCCUCCUCCUCCCCUCCUCUCCGAAGGCGGCGAGGCGGCUCGCAUCCGCCGCUCCGGUCCCCCGCGCUCUCCUCCCCUGCGGCGGCGGCGGCUCACCGGAGGAGGAGGAGGCAUUGCUGUUCUUCCGGGAGGACGGUUCGCGCGCACGCCGCCGCUCGGUCCGGGUCGAGCUCGGACACGGCUCGCUUCGCGACGCCCGCUGCCGUCCAGACAUCCGGAAUUGUAAAAAAGAUAAAUUUUUGUCAAUGGUGUGGUGGACCGACGAAGCAUGAAAUACCUGAUGGAGAGGAGAAGAUGAGAGCCAUUUGCACUCUCUGCGGGAAAAUUGCUUACCAGAAUCCAAAGAUGGUUGUAGGUUGCCUCAUUGAGCAUGAUAACAAGGUCCUACUAUGCAAGAGGAACAUCGAACCUUCCAACGGUCUAUGGACUCUUCCUGCUGGUUACAUGGAAAUUGGGGAGUCAGCUGCGGAAGGGGCGAUCAGAGAAACUUGGGAAGAAGCAUGUGCAGAAGUGGAGGUUCUUUCACCUUUUGCUCAGCUGGACAUACCUCGUAUUGGUCAAACCUAUGUAAUUUUCUUAGCUAAGCUGCGGAAUCCUCACUUCUCACCUGGUCCGGAAUCAUCAGAUUGCCAGCUCUUUGCCCUUGAUGAUAUACCUUUUGAUUCCCUGGCAUUUUCAUCCAUCUUGGUCACCUUGAAAUUGUACAUUCAAGAUGUUAAGAAUGGAAGGCCAAGGUUCCACUACGGUACCAUUAAUAAAAGGCCUGGAUCAAGCCCUUCCGAUAUUCGUGCCUAUACUCUGGACUAUCAUCUGCAGUCCUGACUGAAGCUGUGAUGGUUCACCAUAUCUUUGUCUUGAACUACGGCAAUGAAAAAGAUGCGUCAGUCAGAUGCGGGCCUGUUGUGUUCUCUCCGUUCUGCUCAUCUUUUAGCUGUCUCCCUUCUAGUGUGCAGUAAAGAGUAGAAGUUUCGGAGAAUUCAAAUGGAGGGAUGCUUACUUACCCGGUGAAAAUCAGGAAAGGCCCUGAAUGCAAUUGCUUUAACUGGAGAUACUGUGUGUUCAACGGGAGAAUAUUGUUAUUGGGAUAGCCGGUGGAAAUCAAUGAAAACUUUUGCAAGUCUAAAGAAGAAAAGAGAAAAUCUCCAUCUGUUUCUGUUUUCGCACGGAAGAUGCUCAGAAACUGACGAUACUGUCAAGCUUGUAUUUCUCUGUCUCAUCAGUCGUGGAAUUGCGUGUGGAGUGAGAAAUAGAAACUACUGCUUAAUCCUGUCUCUCAGUUUAUAGAAUUUUAUCAGUGAAACCAGGAAUUCGGCUGAACAACCAAAGAUCCUUAUUCCUUUGAAUCUAGAGCAACGGUUGGAGCAA